AUGCUUGUUCCUUCAGUCGCGAGUGCUACGGUACAAUUUUAUCCCAUUGGCAACACACCCGCCAUCAGCCUCACCCGUGCGAUCCCCCAAGGCCAGGAUGCCAAUAUUCUCCUUGCUGGCUGUGGUGAUGCACGCAACAUCCUCUUCACUGCUUACAUGCAGGAAAAAUCAUGUCCCCGAAAACUCGACAUCACCUGCUGCGACACUGAGCCCAGCAUUCUAGCCCGCAACAUUGUUCUAUUUUCCUUCAUCAUCGAUCAUGGCGAUGACCUUGACAGCAGCUCGCUCUGGAACAUGUACUAUCAUCUUUAUCUUGAUGGGUCGGAUAUGGAAUGCCUGUCGUCACAAUCCAAAAAGCUGGUCGCGUCCUCCGAGGGCCUCGAGGCUUGGAAGUCAAGUGUAUAUGGCAGCAUGCUUCCUUUCAGCGACGAGGGUACGCUGGAUGACGUUCGAGCGGUCUGGCUCAAGUUUGCAGCCGCUUCCACGAAACCCGACUCUGCACAGGGAGAAACUUUCCAAAGCCACCUCAAACGGUCCUUGGCUGACAUGGCCUUACGAUUCCGAAGCAAAGAAAACGGGCUGCCCCUCGUCACCACUGCUGUGCGCUCUGCAGCACCCAUAUUGACUGCGGUACAAGAAGAUGUUGCUGAAGAAUACAAGCACUACUGGAAGCAGGGAACCACCGGCUUCGAUGCACCAUCCAUUCCCAACCCCAUGAUCGCAACCUCCCUUUCCGAGCAAGUCGCCCUUCACUAUGGCACUGAUCCCAUUCUGGGGUUCCACCUCGCCACGGGCUACGCGGCCCUGGUCGAGGCGUCACCGCUGCGUCCCGAAUACGGUCAUGAAAAGUUCAAGGCAGUGGCUUCGGCGAAGGCCCAAUUUAAGGCUUGGCUUAUUGCCUGCAGUGCCAUGUUGAAGGCCCGUCGCUUGGUAGUGAGGUUUGCUUCUGUGGAUGUAUUUGCCUUCUGCCAUACGUUGCAGCAUCGAGAUUCGUCAGCUGGCUGGUACAGGCGACAGUUCGACUCGCGCGUGCUCGAGUUGAACGUCGAACCGGGUGUCCCAAGAGUAUUCGAUGUCAUUGAUACGUCCAACCUAGCCGACCAUGUCGGUACCCUGAACCUCUUGGUGUCCCUCAUACCACUCCUAGCUCCGCAGCCGUGGGCGACGCUAUCUACAGAAACACUGCUGAAAGGCUCAAGCUCCUCUGAUCAGGAAAUCCUCGACAACCUCCUUUGCGGCCAUGCUCCUACUGUCUCGUUGCUCCUAGGCGUUAGUCCAGUUGAAUACUGGACGAACGCCACAGCCGUCUCGACGCUGCAAGAAGUAAUGCUUGGGCUGAGCGCCUCUAAGACCAGCCCUGCCCAGGUUCACAGCCGUAUCAGUUGGAAACACAAUGGAAGCCUGUCUGGCACCCAUGCCUCCGUCCGUGUCCAGAUUAAGCCUCGAGAGCUUGCCGCGAUCGUCUUUCAGAUGUACCUGAAGAUGUUCGCACACGAAAAUCCGAUGGCGAUGCUAACACUAAAUGGCCCUGGUAGCUCACAGUACGGUCCGACCUCCGUCUUUACUCACUUUCACCGCGGCAGCCUCAUGGCACUGCUCAAGUUUCUUGGAAAGUCAACACUGGUCGCAGACAUUGCAGAGAUCUGCAUGGAACUAGAUGAAAUGAUUCUAGCGGACAAGACUCUCGUAUUCUCGAGCCAACAUGCUCAAGAGAGAGGCUCACUUUUCCACGUGCACAACCUCUUCUCCCCCGACUGGCUUCGCAGCGCAAUUCGCCGCAGCACAUCUGCUGGGCCAUUUGCCGCCUGGUCCGGAAUCCCCGAAGUCGUGGCUGUUACGUUGGUUAUUCCGCGUGCAGGGGUGGCCCGACUGUACAGCAGUUCACCAGAGGCUAGGCUUUCUGCACCGACAUUCGUGGGAUCGUUGAGAUCUAGUCCUACUGCCGCCAGCCAGUGGCACAACACGUUUGGUGACGUACAUCUGAACUUUGGCACAGUCAGCACUUCAGGCCUGGCGACAGAAGACGGCUUCCGUGUGCACGUAGAUCAGGAUGAGAACGGGUGGUCCAGUAACGCACCGCUGAUUGCCUCGUUCUAUGUCCCCACUGGUGCGCUCCAAGCCGAACCUAAGUCGGCCUUGAUCGGGCUUGAGGUUCAGGUCAAUCCUCAAAGUCUAGCUUUCUACUCUCCAGUUCUCGGCCCGGAAAUGCUGGUGUUCCAGGCACGAUUGGACGCAGUCAAGCAUGUCUUCGUCACGAAGUAUCUUCCUGGUCAGAAAAGAUACCCAGUGUAUUGUGCAGCGCCAGGAAAUUUCGAUAUUUCAACCGACACGCCUGGUAUUAGUGGACAGUCGCGCUUCAUGGCCGAGACUGACUUGAGCGGCAAGAUCACCAGUAUAGUUGGCCGCUUGAGCCAACUCCCCCAGCAAGCUGAAAAGCUUCUCAAAAACAAAGCCGCUGUGAAGCUUCGUCAGGCGUCACCGUUCACGGUGGAGUUUGUCUUUGUUGACACUAACGUGGCUCUACCCAUGACGUUUCCAGUCCCGGUUGACUCACGCAAUGGACGGACUCGCGUCGCUCGAAAGUCGGGCUAUGUUGAAGCCGUAGUGCCCUUUGGAGAGCCUUUGUCACUACCAGCCCUGACAGACUUCAUGUAUCCAUCGCUGGCCGCCCAGGAUGUCAAAUCCGGCUUGAUUCCCGUCACAUUGAAUUCUCCCCAUCUUGCCCUCGAUCGCCUGCCCAUCCUGAACCUUUCUGACAAGAACUCACUUGGAUGGCUCACAUCUCUGACGUCUGCGCAAUUCUCACCGCGGGAGGCACAGGCUCGCGAAGCGUCGCAAAAUGGAGGAGUCAAGUCGGCAUCUGCUCGUCUUAACUUCAAGGAGUCUCUCUUCACCAUUUUCAUGAUCGCUUCUGGCUUACAGGGGGGUCAGACGGGGCUUUUUGCCAUUGACCAUCCUGAUCGCGGCGGGAUCCACAUGCUUCUCUUUGUCUCGGCGUUCCGGCUCGACGGCGCCUCUUCUUCGAUCGUCCUCGAUGCCGCCGUUCUCCCCUUGACCAUAUCCAUUAUCACGUCCGGCGACGUCGGCGACUUCCUGAUGACCCUGCGCACCCUGGAAAUCUGUUCUAUCACAGUCGACGAUGACGAGCUCGUCCUGUGGAAGAGGGCGCUGCCUGCUCUGGCUGAGCGGGGACGUAGUUGGUCUCAUAAGAAGUCCUGUGAAUACGCCGAGUCUGGCAAGAUUCCCCUCUCCGUUGAGCCUGGUGAAUCGGUGCUCUGUUCCUGCGGCGCCGGUCGCUUCCCUGACAACUUUGUCGGCGUACCGUACUGGGAACAGGGCGCAAAGCACGCGACACGCGUUGCCAUCAGCCCCACGUUCGCCGUGUCGUUCGUCGAAGACGUCUUUGACUUUGACAGAUUCCGCUCGCUGGCAAGCAAUGAAGACGUCCCCGCAAAGGAGCGCUGCAGCAACUGUCGCGCGACCGAGGCCAAGGGCACGGGUGGGCCGCUCAAGAAGUGCUCCCGAUGCCAGACAGCAAAGUACUGCAGCGCCGAGUGUCAGAAGAAGGACUGGCGGGUUCACCGAGGCGAGUGUGCGCCGAUGCUGCAGUAG